UGCUUCGUGAGCAUGCGCAGCUCUCGGGUGGAAGGGUGCGAACUGCGCAUGCACGGAGGAGCUGUGGGGUCCGCAUUCGGGAGACGGUGGUGGUUAAUUUAGUGACGAUUGUUAUCCUGUCUCAGGGUUACUGCGGUCUCUCCAGAUGUGUCACUCGCUACCUGGUUGCCAUGGCAGUGGCAGAUCUACUCGUCAUUAUCCUUGACUUGAUAUUGAGGCACAUUCCAAUUGUUUAUUAUGAAGAGUUUCUUUUCAUCAUGUUAUUCCGUAUGUGUAAUGUACACGCUGUUCUGCUAUAUACUGCCACAGAUUGUUCUGUCUGGUUUACUGUGACAUUCACAUUUGAUCGCUUUGUAGCCAUUUCAUGUCAGAAACUAAAAUGCAAAUAUUGCACUGAGAAGACAGCAGCUGUAGUUCUUGGAACAGUGACUGUAUUGAGCUGUAUGAAGAACAUUUUCUGGUAUUUUAUGAUGACAGGUCGAUAUAUGCUGAUGAACUAUCCCUGGUUUUGUGUUGUAACAUGGGUUGUUAAGUAUUCACUUGUAUGGGCAAUAAUUGAGUUCCUUCACAACCUUCUCACCCCAGCGAUUGCAUUUGUUCUGAUUUUGCUGCUCAAUAUUUUCACAAUUAGACAUAUUUUAGUUACUAGUAAAGCACGAGUGAGAUUCCAUGGACACAACAUGAAGCAGAAUCCUCGAGACACAGAGAUGGAAAACAGAAGGAAAUCAAUAAUUUUAUUGUUUCUUAUCUCUGGGAAUUUCAUUUUGCUAUGGGCAGUACUAAUGUUGUAUUUGAUAUGGAAGCGAAUGCACCUUUUGGGGUAUAAUGAUGUACACCUACCUCAAUUUGUACAGGAAUUGGGGUUCAUGCUCCAGCUCCUGAGUUGCUGUACAAACACUUGCAUAUAUGUUGUGACCCAGACUAAAUUCAGACGGCAGUUCAGGAAUAUGGUAAGACAUCCUUUUACUCUAUGUUGUUCCUGAUUAAAUGAUGAAAAGGUCAAAUGAUCUCAAGCAUCUAAAAUACUUUUGCUUCAUAGUAUAAUAUAUAUACGAAAGAUCUCCCCAUACCUAGUGGCAAUUAGAGGAAGCGAUAUGAAAGCUGAUCAUGGAAAGAUGUAUAAACAAUGUGGUAUUGAGUGAUUUUAAUUGCCCCAAUAUACACUGGGACUUGCCUUGUGCCAGGCCUUUAGAGGGAGCAGAAUUUGUCAUGUGCAUCCAGGAGGGAUUAUUGAAACAAUGUGUAGGUCGUCCAACUAGGGAGGGGGCUGUGUUAAAUUUUGUGUUUGGGA